AAUGGAUCAAAGCGGUUUAGAGUGAAAGUGAAAGUGGAGCAGGCUCUGUUCAGAGAAGAGAAGAUCAUAAACAGAGAAAAGCUCAGAGUCUGAUUCAGAGACCAGACUUACCUGAUCUCAGCUACGAGUCCAUGAAGAGUCAGUGAUCCACCAUGAAGAUCCAGAGAGGAGAACAUUUCUACUGAGAGAGCAGCAUCUCCAGUGUCCAGCUGUGUGUGGAGAGUAAAAGCUAAGUGAUGGGGCUUCAUCACUCCAUCAGUGGAGGAAGAACCUCUGAUUCAAAAGUGAAGCGUGCAGGACCUCCAGAACCCAGCUGUGUGUCUGUGAAGAGUGACCAGUCCAUGGAGGACCCUCGUAAUUUCAGCAGUGGAGAAGGAGAACCCAGCUUUGUAUCUAUGAAGAGUGACUGGUCCAUGGGGAACCCUCGUAAAGGAGAACCCAGCUGUCUGCCGAAGAGUGACCAGGCCAUGGAGAAACCUCCUGUAUUCAGCAGAGGAGGAGGAGAACCCAGCUCUGUGUCUAUGAAGAGUGACUGGUCCAUGGGGAACCCUCCUAAAUUCAGCAAUGGAGAAGGAGAACCCAGCUGUGUGUCUAUGAAGAGUGACCAGUCCAUGGGGGACCCUCCUGUAUUUAGCAGAGGAGGAGGAGAACCCAGCUGGGUGUCUGUGAAGAGUGACCGUUCUAUGAGGAACUCUAUUAAUUUCAUCAGAGGAGAAGGAGAACCCAGCUGUGUGUCCAUGAAGAGUGAUUGGUCUAUGGGGAACCCUAUUCAUUUCAGCAGAGGAGGAGGAGAACCCAGCUGUGUGUCUGUGAAGAGUGAUUGGUCUAUGGGGAACCCUAUUCAUUUCAGCAGAGGAGGAGGAGAACCCAGCUGUGUGUCUGUGAAGAGUGACCGUUCUAUGAGUAACCCUAUUAAUUUCAGCAGAGGAGGAGGAGAACCCAGCUCUGUGUCUAUGAAGAGUGACCAGUCCAUGGGGGACCCUCCUGUAUUUAGCAGAGGAGGAGGAGAACCCAGCUGGGUGUCUGUGAAGAGUGACCGUUCUAUGAGGAACUCUAUUAAUUUCAGCAGAGGAGAAGGAGAACCCAGCUGUGUGUCUAUGAAGAGUGAUCGGUCUAUGGGGAACCCUAUUCAUUUCAGCAGAGGAGGAGGAGAACCCAGCUGUGUGUCUGUGAAGAGUGACCGUUCUAUGAGUAACCCUAUUAAUUUCAGCAGAGGAGGAGGAGAACCCAGCUCUGUGUCUAUGAAGAGUGACUGGUCCAUGGGGAACCCUCCUAAAUUCAGCAAUGGAGAAGGAGAACCCAGCUGUGUGUCUAUGAAGAGUGACCAGUCCAUGGGGGACCCUCCUGUAUUUAGCAGAGGAGGAGGAGAACCCAGCUGGGUGUCUGUGAAGAGUGACCGUUCUAUGAGGAACUCUAUUAAUUUCAUCAGAGGAGAAGGAGAACCCAGCUGUGUGUCCAUGAAGAGUGAUUGGUCUAUGGGGAACCCUAUUCAUUUCAGCAGAGGAGGAGGAGAACCCAGCUGUGUGUCUGUGAAGAGUGAUUGGUCUAUGGGGAACCCUAUUCAUUUCAGCAGAGGAGGAGGAGAACCCAGCUGUGUGUCUGUGAAGAGUGACCGUUCUAUGAGUAACCCUAUUAAUUUCAGCAGAGGAGGAGGAGAACCCAGCUCUGUGUCUAUAAAGAGUGACCAGUCCAUGGGGGACCCUCCUGUAUUUAGCAGAGGAGGAGGAGAACCCAGCUGGGUGUCUGUGAAGAGUGACCGUUCUAUGAGGAACUCUAUUAAUUUCAGCAGAGGAGAAGGAGAACCCAGCUGUGUGUCUAUGAAGAGUGAUCGGUCUAUGGGGAACCCUAUUCAUUUCAGCAGAGGAGGAGGAGAACCCAGCUGUGUGUCUGUGAAGAGUGACCGUUCUAUGAGUAACCCUAUUAAUUUCAGCAGAGGAGGAGGAGAACCCAGCUCUGUGUCUAUGAAGAGUGACCAGUCCAUGGGGGACCCUCCUGUAUUUAGCAGAGGAGGAGGAGAACCCAGCUGUGUGUCUGUGAAGAGUGAUCGUUCUAUGAGUAACCCUAUUAAUUUCAGCAGAGGAGGAGGAGAACCCAGCUGUGUGUCUAUGAAGAGUGACCGGUCCAUGAUGUUACCAGCACAGUCCAGUGGAGGGAGAGGAACCUCUGACUCAGGGCAGCACUCCACACAAACAGCACUGCAGAUAAACACUCUGGCAGAUAUUUACCAACCAGUGGAUGACGUCCUUCAUAGAGUCUUAGAGAGACACAAAACCAGCAUGAAGAACAAGUACGAGAUCUUAUUUGAGGGAAUCAUAACAGAAGAGAAUAAAACCCUCCUGAACAGGAUUUACACACAGCUCUACAUCAUAGAGGGAGAGAGUGAAGGAGUGAAUGAAGAACAUGAGGUUCUACAGAUGGAGAAAACAUCCAGGAGACGCUUACACAACUCUCCAAUCAACUGCUUAGACAUCUUUAAACCUCUACAAGGUCCUCAAGGAGAAAAACUAGAAGAGAACAUUAGAGCUGUGGAGGCUGACAGUCUCAGACACAAAGAAAGAAAAGAAGAUAACAGACCAAAAGAGCCUGAGUUCAGAAGUGUUCUGACUAAAGGCAUCGCUGGAAUUGGAAAAACUGUCUCUGUGCGGAAGUUCAUUCUGGACUGGGCUGAACGAAAAGCCAAUCAGGAUGUAGAGCUCAUGUUUGUGCUUCCGUUCCGGGAGCUGAACCUGAUUAAAGAUGAUCAGUACAGUCUUCAUGGACUUCUGUGUGACUUCCAUCCUGAGCUCAAAGAUCUGGACCCAGAGAUUUAUGAUCGGCUCAAAGCUGUGUUUAUAUUUGAUGGUCUGGAUGAAAGUAGAAUUCCACUGAACUUUGAACAGUGUGAGAAAGUAUCUGACAUCACCAUGACAUCAUCAGUGGGUGUGUUGAUGACAAACCUCAUCAAAGGAGAGCUGCUUCCCUCUGCUCUGAUCUGGAUAACCUCCCGACCAGCAGCAGCCAAUCAGAUCCCCCCUAAAUACAUCAAGCGUGUGACAGAAAUUCAGGGAUUCAGUGACCCACAGAAGGAGGAGUACUUCAGGAAGAGGAUCAGUGAUGAAGACCAAGCCAAGAGAAUCAUCUCCCACAUUAAGACAGCGAGGAGCCUCCACAUCAUGUGCCACAUUCCAGUCUUCUGCUGGAUCUCAGCCACUGUUCUUCAGCAAAUCAUGGAACAGCGUCAUACAGAAAUCCCUAAAACUCUGACUGAAAUGUACUCACACUUCCUGAUCACUCAGACAAACAUGAAGAAUGAGAAGUAUGAGGAGAACGAUGAGAGAGACCCAAAGAACCUGCUGGAGUCCAACAGAACCAUUAUACUGAAACUGGCUGAACUGGCUUUCAAACAGCUGAUGAAGGGCAAUGUGAUGUUCUAUGAAGAGAACCUGAGAGAGAGCAGCAUUGAUGUCACUAAGGCCUCAGUGUAUUCUGGGAUUUUCACUGAGAUCUUUAGGGAGGAAUGUGUGCUUUACCAGAGGAAGGUCUACUGCUUUGUUCAUCUGAGCUUUCAGGAGUUCCUGGCUGCUGUUUAUGUGUUUCACUGCUAUGAGAGCAAAAACAUGGAGGAACUGCAGAUAUUUAACCCACUAAACAGUGAGUGGUCUAAUAAUAUUCUAGUAAGGUUCUUUAACAAACAGAAAAAGUGGUCUGAGGAUGUUCCUCUAGAUGAGGUUCUGAAAGGAGCAGUAAAUAAAGCUGUAGAGAGUGAAAAUGGACACCUGGAUCUUUUCCUCCGUUUCCUGCUGGGCAUCUCACUGGAGUCCAAUCAGAGACGCCUACAGGGUCUACUGACCCCAACAAAGGGCAGCUCAGAGAGAACCAGACAGCACAUCAAGAGAUUAAUCAAAGGAGAUUAUGAUAGCAAUGCUAAUAAAGAUGAUGAUGAUUAUGAUUAUAAACAAUAUCCCUUCUCCACUGAAAGAUCCAUCAUCUCCACUGAGAGAUCCAUCAAUCUAUUCCUCUGUCUGUCUGAAAUGAAUGACGAGUCUCUCUCCAGAGAGAUUCAGGAGUAUCUAAACAUGGAGAGACACUCAGGGUUGAAGCUCUCUCCUGGACAGUGUUCAGCACUAGCCUGCAUGCUUCUGACCUCAGAGGAGGUUCUGGAUGAGCUGGACCUGAAGAAAUACAACACAUCAGAGGAGGGUUAUAGAAGACUGAUCCCAGCUCUGACUGUCUGCAGAAAAGCUCGACUAGCCAGGUGUAGUCUCACCACAAAUUCCUGUGAGAAUCUAUCAUCAGCUCUACAAUCUGUAAACUCAUCUCUGAAAGAGCUAGACCUGAGUAACAAUGACCUUCAGGAUUCAGGCAUGGAGCUGCUCUCUGCUGGACUGAAGAACUCGCACUGUAAACUGGAGACACUCAGACUAGCCAGGUGUGGUCUCACCACAAGUUCCCUUGAGAAUCUUUCAUCAGCUCUACAAUCUGUAAACUCAUCUCUGAAAGAGCUAGACCUCAGUAACAAUGACCUUCAGGACUCUGGUGUGGAGCUACUCUCUGCUGGACUGAAGAAUUCACACUGUAAACUGGAGAUAAUCAGAAUAGACAGGUGUGGUCUCACCACAAAUUCCUGUGAGAAUCUUUCAUCAGCUCUACAAUCUGUAAACUCGUCUCUGAAAGAGCUAAACCUGAGUAACAAUGACCUUCAGGAUUCAGGUGUGGAGCUGCUCUCUGCUGGACUGAAGAACUUGCACUGUAAACUGGAGAUACUCAGAUUGUCUGGCUGUAUGGUUACAGAUGAAGGCUGUUCUUUUCUGGCUUCAGCUCUGAAAUCAAACCCCUCCCACCUGAGGGAACUGGAUCUGACUUAUAAUCACCCAGGAAAGUCUGGAUUGAGGCUGCUGUCUGAUCUACUGGAGAAUCCACACUGUAAACUGGAAAAAAUACAGGUGUAUCAUGGAGGGAAGAUCAGGAUCAAACCAGGACUGAAGAAAUAUGCUGUUACUCUCACUCUGGAUCCAAACACAGUGAGCAGUCAUCUUUCUCUGUCUGAGAGGAACAGAAAGGUGGAGUUUGUGAGAGAAGUUCAGUCGUAUCCAGAUCAUCCAGACAGAUUUGAUCACUGGCCUCAGGUUCUGAGUGUGGAGAGUCUGACUGGACGCUGUUACUGGGAGGUUCAGUGGAGCGGAUUUGUUUAUAUAUCAGUAUCAUACAGAGGAAUCAGGAGGAAAGGAGGCAGUUCUGACUGUGUGUUUGGGAACAGUAAACACUCCUGGAGUCUGAACUGCUCUAGUAACAGUUACUCUGUCUAUCACAAUAAUCAGAUAACUGUCCUACCUUCCCCCCCCUCCCCCUCUAACAGAGUAGGAGUGUAUCUGGACUGGGGGUCCGGCACUCUCUCCUUCUACACAAUCUCCCCUAACACACACACACUGACCCACCUACACACACUCACCACUACAUUCACUGAACCACUCUACGCUGGAUUCUGGGUUUAUGACUCCUCAGUGAGUCUGUGUGAGAGAGAAUAACCUCUACACAGAGAGAGAGAGAGAGAGAAGGAGAGAGAGAGA